CGAGUCUUUUCACAUCCCAUUGCUUUCACCAACCCACUGCUGCGAGGCUGAGCGGCAACCACCCACCAUCCCGCGCAGCCAACAACGGAAACCACCACCUGCAGCAACAAUGGCCGUCUCUCCGCUCGUCGCACCGACAAGCGACGCCUUCCAAUCCUCCUCGCGACCGACCUCAUCCUCUCUCAAGCGACAAGCAUCCGCUGCGCCCUCCAACGGCAACGGCACCCCCCACCUUCCUCCCACCCGAGCCAGCGGCGGCGGUGGUGGCGGCGGCAUGACGCUUGAUCCAAUCGAACAGCUCAAUGAAGACGAAAAACGCAAGUAUGUCAAGGGCAAGAAGCUGGGCGAGGGCACGUACGCCAACGUGUACCUGGGCCACGCGCGGCACGAACCGUCGGUGCUGGUGGCCAUCAAGAAGAUCAAGGUGUCGCAGCAGACGUACCGCGACGGGAUGGCGCCCGACGCGGUGCGCGAGCUGAAGUACCUGCGCGAGCUGCACCACCCCAACAUCAUCUCGCUCCUGUCCGUCUUCAGCAGCAAGGACCAGAACCUGAACCUGGUGCUCGAGUACCUGCCGCUGGGCGACCUCGAGAUGCUGAUCCGCGACGUGGACCGCGUGCGCUACGGCGCGGGCGACAUCAAGGCGUGGAUGGGGAUGCUGGCGCGCGCCGUGUGGUUCUGCCACGACAACUUCGUGCUGCACCGCGACAUCAAGCCCAAUAACCUACUGAUCGCCGCCGACGGGGAGGUGAAGCUGGCGGAUUUCGGUCUGGCGCGGUCGUUCGCCGACCCGGGCCGCCGCAUGACGGCCAACGUCAUCACGCGCUGGUACCGCCCGCCGGAGCUGCUGUUCGGCGCUCGGCACUACGGCGGCGCCGUGGAUAUCUGGUCGGUGGGGAUGGUGUUUGCCGAGCUCAUCAUCCGCGCGCCCUUCCUGGCGGGCAACACCGAGGUCGAGCAGAUCGCGCUGAUCUGCAAGCAGAUCGGCACACCGACGGAGGACAACUGGCCCGGCGUGACGCAGCUGCGCGAGUACACGGUCCCGAGCGAGGUGGUGCCCGUGUGGGGCAAGGAGGCGUACAUGGGGCGGUUUGGCGCCGUCGGCGCCGACGGGGUGGACCUGCUCGUCCGGACGGUGGCGCUGGACCCGAAGAAGCGGAUCACGGCGCGGGAGAUGCUCGAGCACCGGUGGUGGCGGACGGAGCCGAAGCCGACGAGGAAGGAGGACCUCCCGCGGAAGUCGUCGGGCGGGGAGGAGAAGAUGGGCGCCGAUCUGAAGAGGCGGAACGGCCUGCUGGAUGACGAGAGCAACUCGAGGGGGUCAAAGGUGGCGAGGAAGCUGGAUUUUGGUCAGGCUAAGUAAGAGAAAAUGUCUGUUUCUUUUUCGGGUUCUAGGCUGCAUCACAGAGGGUUUCAUGUGUGGACAACAUACAACAUCACCGGCGUUAUUAGGGAAGGAUACUUUUGGGUCCAGGGGACAAGGAUAACAAAACCGGAGUUAUGGUUUUACAACGGAUGAGAUGAGAUGAGAUACCAUGAACAUGGCUGGUCCGGCCAUCACCAAUAGUAGUAGCAUUGCAUUGCACAUUAAUCCACACGCU